UUCGACUAAAGCGGUGAGCUUGAGUUUAAAAAACGGAGAUUUAGUGGUGCGCAAUUACGCAAAACUAAUUUAUGAUAUUUUACAGUUUGUGUACGUGAAUUAUGGCUCAUAUUUCUACAAUGGACUCAUGAAGUGAGCCAAAUAGCCUCUGGUAAAGAUGUCAAGCGCAGACAGCGAAGUUAAAACUUUACUCAACUUUGUCAAUUUGGCGUCCAGCGACAUCAAGGCGGCUCUGGAUAAGUCGGCUCCCUGCAGGCGCUCCGUGGAUCACCGGAAAUACCUACAGAAGCAACUCAAACGCUUCUCACAAAAGUUCUCCAGAGUCCCGAGAGGUCAGUCUCUCACUUCUGCGGACUACAGGUGCGCCAGAGGAGCUGAGCGUAAAAGAGCGGCUGCGACUGAUCAGGCCAGCUCCGAUGCGCAACAUGCGCAGAGCGACGGAGGCGUAAUGGACCAGGUGCCGAUGCGGAAACGACAACUACCAGCGUCGUUUUGGGAGGAACCCAGGCUAACCAAAGCCAGGAGAGACAAACCCUUUUUGGAUUUGAUAAGAAGCAGCAGCAGCUCUGAAGGCGGAGAGAAUGAAAAGAGGAGAAGGAGUCAGGAGGACGCGCAAAAAACCGCAAACUCCUCAUUCGGCAGGCGCAGCUCUGCGGAAAAAGAGGUGCUGAAACUGGAUCUGACUUCACAUCGCUCCGUGAGUUUCUGCAGCUGCUGCCCCUUCCAGCUCCAAGGACACCAGCUCCUCCACAGCCAGAUUGUGGUUCCGCAUCCUCCCUUUGGUCUGUGGAGCAAGGCAGCAGAGCCGCAAAGGCCCGAGCAUCCCCACGGACAGAAACUCCACACGCACGUUGUGGUGAAACCGAUUCCCACCAAGGCCACGGCGCAGUCUCCGAUCUUCAGCGUGUUUGGCUUCAUUUAGUCUGCGGUGCUGUUAGUAAAGUUACAGACAAAAAUUAACAGAAAUAAUUUGGGUCAUUUAGCCUGUGAGAGAGAAAAAGGUCAUUUUAGUCAUUUCCCCCACAUAUUUAUUUACAAAAUUACUGUUUCAAGCUGAAUUAAAUAUUCUAGUUAUUAACUGAGCAAACAAAAUAUUCUGUUGAUUGUUAAAUAUUUAGUUAAUUAGCUCAAAGGAACCAAGUUAGCUCUGACCCAAACAGCUAAAUAUUUACUUGCCUGUAGGCGGAAGUGUCUGUCAAAAUAAAAGCUGGGUUUGCUGACCUUUGAAAACGCCUGAGCUAAAUAUUUACUUAGCAAUCUAAACAUUUAGCUUGAAAAUAAAUAUUUAGCUAGAGUCAGAGUUAGAUAUUUAGCUAAUAUUCAAUAAAAUCUGGUGUAGCUAGAUGUUUAACUUGCUAACUAAAUGUUUAACACUGAGCUAAAUAUUUAUUUUUGAGUUAAAUAUUUAGUUUGCAAGGUAAGUAUUUAGCUUUACUUAGCAAGCUAAGUAUUUAGUUUGGAGAUAAAUAUGUAGUUAAAAGCUAAAUAUGGAUUCAGAGCUAAAUAUUUAGGUUGCUAACUAAAUAUUUAAUUUGCAUUUCGAAAUAUUUUUUCUUCAAAUACAAUAAAUUAACAUUUACUUUAUUUGUAAAGUAAAUAUUUAGCUUGCUAGAAUAUUCUUUAAAUAUUUAGUUGAAACUGACAUUCAUAAAAGAAUGAAUAACAUGGUGAAAACUUUGAAAAGUAAACCCCAUUUUUCCAUCUUAGGCUAAACAACCCAAAUUAUUGCUGUGAAUUUUUGAGUGUGUGUAUUGACAAACGCCACCCCAGAAAUGAGAAGGUGAAACUGUGAGCUUUGUUCCAUGUUUAUGCUUUUUCUCUUGUAUUUUGGAAACCGGACACUUCUUUAAAAGCACUUACUACAAUGCUGCAUCUAUUUGUGAUGUUUACGCCUACAGGAAUAAAUUGCACUUUUCCAAUAAACUAAUCAGCUUCACUUUUAUGUUUAUUUUCACUCUGUGUCCACAGAGAAAGAAAAUAAUGUGUUUUUUUUGUACUCUGUCACGGUUCCCCCUUUUAACAAGAAAAAUCUCU